GACAGUAUUGGAUUUCAGCCUCUCUUGUCACUGUCCUAGCUAACCUUAGCGAUGUUUUCUCAUUCACCAGAGCCGUAAUGGAUUAUUUUACUCAAGUCGAAUAAAUAAAAACAAAGUGACACCAUAAAAGAAAACGCCACCAUGUUCGGCCGGUCCAGGGCCUGGGUGGGAGGGCAAGGGAAGUCCAAAAACAUCCACUCUUUGGAUCAUUUGAAGUACAUGUAUCACGUUCUGACCAAGAACACGACGGUGACCGAUCACAACCGGAACCUGCUCGUCGAGACCAUUCGCUCCAUCACGGAAAUCCUCAUUUGGGGCGAUCAGAAUGACAGCUCGGUCUUCGACUUCUUUUUGGAGAAGAACAUGUUUGCGUUUUUCCUCAACAUCCUGCGGCAGAAGUCGGGCCGGUACGUCUGCGUGCAGCUCCUGCAGACGCUCAACAUCCUGUUCGAGAACAUAAGUCACGAGACGUCUCUCUACUACUUGCUGUCGAAUAACCACGUCAACUCCAUCAUCGUGCAUAAAUUUGACUUCUCUGAUGAGGAGAUCAUGGCCUACUACAUCUCCUUUCUGAAGACGCUGUCGCUGAAACUCAACAACCACACCGUGCAUUUCUUUUACAACGAGCACACUAAUGAUUUUGCCCUGUACACGGAGGCCAUUAAGUUUUUCAACCAUCCAGAGAGCAUGGUCAGGAUCGCAGUCAGGACUAUCACUCUCAAUGUGUAUAAAGUGUCAUUGGAUAACCAGCACAUGCUGCACUACAUCCGGGACAAAACAGCCGUGCCCUACUUCUCCAACCUGGUGUGGUUCAUCGGCAGCCACGUCAUCGAGCUGGACAAAUGUGUGCAGACGGACGAAGAGCAUAAGAACAAAGGGAAGCUGAGCGACCUUGUGGCGGAGCACCUGGAUCAUCUGCACUACCUGAACGACAUCCUCAUCAUCAACUGCGAGUUCCUGAACGAUGUUCUGACUGAUCACCUGCUGAACCGCCUCUUCCUGCCGCUCUACGUCUACUCGCUGGUCAGCCAGGAGCAGAGUGAAGAUCGCAAGAUUAACCCUCAGGUGUCACUCUACCUGCUCUCCCAGGUGUUCCUUACCAUACACUACCAGCCCCUUGUGAAUGCUCUGGCAGACGUCAUACUGAACGGAGACCUGACUGUGUUUACAACCCAGACAGAGCAGAACACACACAAGAGCUCAACAGACAUGUUUUCUGUGGGUUCCCCAACCCCCCCCCAGUCCAACGCUGGAGUGCGCCGCUUCACCAAGCCGACGGAGAGUCUGGAGCGCUCGUUGGAGAUGAGCCGGCAUCGAGGCAGGAAGAAGACGCAGAAGAGGCCCAACUACAAGAACGUGGGGGAGGAGGAUGAGGAGGAGAGAGGAGCCGAGGAAGGCCCGGACGAAGAGAAGGAGAAGGCUAAAGGUACAGAUGCUAGCUCAAAGGCCAGCAGGACGAGUGGGGACACGGAAGAGAUUGAGAUGGUGGUGAUGGAGAAGUGUAAGAUCUCAGACGUGUCCAUGCUGACUGAGCAGAACAUCACGGACGAGGAGAAAACCGCCGCAGCCGCUGCAGGAACGGAGGGACAGAGGAGCAGGCCCUUCUUGGACAUGGUGUACAACGCCCUAGACUGUGAGAAGGAGGACUACAAUGCCCUCUUUGUCCUCUGCCUCCUCUUCGCCAUGUCUCACAGCAAAGGUAUAAACCCAGAGUUGCUGGAGAAGAUCCAGCUGCCGGUUCCAGGUCAGGAGAGGAGCAGCUACAGUCAUGUUCUGGUGGAGAGACUGAUCAGAAUCAUGAACCAUGCUGCUUUGCCAGACGGGAGGGUGCGCUUGGCCACUCUGGAGCUGAGCUGUCUUCUCCUGAAGCAGUCGGUGCUGUCCGGCACUCGGUGCAUCGUCAAGGAUGUCCAUCUGGCUUGUCUGGAGGGUGCAAGAGAAGAGAGUCUUCAUCUUCUACGGCGAUUUUACAAGGGAGAGGAGAUCUUUCUGGAUAUGUUUGAAGACGAGUACAGGAGCAUGACAAGCAAGCCUCUAAAUGUGGAGUAUCUCAUGAUGGAUGCAUCUAUACUCCUCCCUCCUACUGGAACGCCGCUGACCGGGAUCGACUUUGUGAAGCGGCUGCCAUGUGGAGACAUGGAGAAAACACGCAGAGCUAUCCGUGUGUUCUUCAUGUUGCGGGCUCUGUCCCUGCAGUUGCAAGGGGAACCGGAGACACAGCUGCCCCUGACACGCCCCGAAGACCUCAUCAAGACCGACGACGUCCUCGACCUCAAUAACAGUGACCUCAUCGCCUGCAUGGUGGUUAGUAAAGAUGGUGUUCAGGCGCAGAGGUUCCUGGCUGUGGACGUCUAUCAGAUGAGUCUGGUGGAACCCGAGACCAAGCGCCUGGGCUGGGGGGUCGUCAAGUUCGCAGGUCUUCUGCAGGACAUGCAGGUGUCGGGGGUGGAGGAUGACAGCAGAGCCCUGAACAUCACCAUCCACAAACCAACGUCCAACCCUCAUGCCAAGCCUGUACCCAUCCUGCAGGCCUCCUUCAUCUUCGCCGACCACAUCCGCUGCAUUAUCGCCAAGCAGCGACUCGCUAAAGGACGGAUCCAGGCCCGGAGGAUGAAGAUGCAGAGAAUAGCGGCUCUCCUCGACCUUCCCGUACAGCCUUCGUCUGAAGUGCUGGGCUUCGGCCAAUCCUCUUCCUCAUCCUCAUCCUCGUCCCAGCUGCCUUUCCGCUUCUAUGACCAAUCUCGGCGAGGCCCAGCUUUCGCCUCCGUAGAUAAGGUUCCAGGUUUUGCGGUGGCCCAACAGCGCAAUUCCUCCCCGAGUUCCAGCUCCAGCAUCACAGCUCACUCUGACUCAGUCACCUCCAGCAGUGUGUCUACAUACAGCACGUCAGCGCCGGCCGCACCCCUGGCACCGAGCCUGACCCCCACCGCCCAACCCACCAUCUCACUGCUGUCAGAAACCAACACUGACUCGCUCAGCGUCGACUCGCUCACCCUGCUGCCCCCAGCCGACCCGCCCUGCCUGCGCUACUUCACCCGGGAUGAGGCUGUGCCCGCUGACCCCGACAUCCACGUGACGCCCAACCUAGAGACCCCAGAGGACAGAAAGGACAUCCCAGCCCUCCCGGAACAACACGGGUGUUAUCCCAAUCCCGAUUCAGGAGAGAACAGGAAAGAUGAUGGACCUCAUCCCGUUUCUGAACCAGCUAACAUUUUUGAACCUGAUGUAACCUCAAGGUCAAGAGAGAAGGCCGAGACUGAAAUUCCUGCUCCAGACCCUGAGGAGAACCUGGAUCUGGAGCAGGAGACGGAGAUAGACUGAGACACUUUUUCUGUUCGUUUUUUUCUUUUUUUUUGGUUGAAGAACCAGCUGAAACCUGAACUUUGCGUUCUGGUUUAUGUUUGUUCAUCACAGCGGUGGCUUUUGUCAUGUCCUGUGCCUCCUCUUUGUUUAAGAACUUUCUUGAAUGCAACAUUUUUUCUUGGGCAACAGUAGGGUUAUUGAUCGUGUCUUUCAAAGCACAUCUUUGUUUCUGGUCUGAGCACUAUUGUUUUCUUUUUUUGUUUUGUUUUCUCUGCACUAUGGUGCUGUGUGCAUGACUGAGUUCGGAGUUAUGACUGCAUGAGCGAUUGAGUGGGAUUAUUCAAGAUGUGCGUGUGUGUGUGUGUGUGUUGUGUGAUUGAUUGUGUGACUGAGAAGGAGGAAGACGCAGGGGCGAGUGGGUUUGUUUUUAUAAAUAUGUGGGUGAGGGAAUACCCGCUUGGUUUUACCAGUCUUAACACUGAGGAAUGUACCAUGAGUUCUGGGUCUGUCCAGCGGUGCUCUCUCCUGGACGACUCUCUCGCUUUGACUGAACACAUUUGCACUUCAAGAGCAACAGAUCGUUUUCUUUUUUUUUUCCUUUUUUUCUUUUUUUUUGAGACCGGAAGUGAAAAUCCGGACGUGAACACGCGUUCACACGGAGAACUGGAGAACUCAAACAAGCAAACUUACUCACCUGUACUGGUGCAUGCAACUGCAACAAAUCUCACACCGUCAAGAUGCUCAAACCUGGUUUUACAUCAUCACACACUUCAAAUGUUUUAACAUACUCGAGUCUUACCACUCAGCUCGCAAUUUUUCUUUCCCCCCCCCCCCACAUACUUGAAUCAAGACAUGUGGGUUUUGGAAUUGAUCCAACCAGCUGUACGUGAUUCGGAGCAAGGAAAUAAAAAAUUGGACAGACUUACCUAUUCCCAGGAUAAAACUCAAAACGCAACCCGCUGAAUUUGCUAAAAAUGUCUUUGAUUAAAGUGCAUCUGAAUUUUAAAAAAAAA